AUGGAUAUCAAUGGAAUUCACAUAAGUAAAAGGCUAUUGUUAGCCUGCCUCCUCUUUAGCACUGUCUAUGGACAAACCUCAGGACCAUUUUUCAUGGUGACAUUUCCUGCAGUGAUAGAGUCUGGCUCUGAGGCGAAACUCUGUGCGAGUCUCCUGAGGCCUAAUGAGACUCUACAAAUGACCAUUUACCUGAUUCACAACAAUCACAGCAGAACACUUGUAGAGGAGACAGUAGAGGAAGAGUUUCAUCGCUGCUCCCAAUUCAAGGCUCCAGAGGUUGAUGGCCAGUCUCUGCAGGAGAUCAAAGUACAAGUGAAAGGUGAAAGUUUUGAGAUGACAGAGAAAAGCAGAGUCCUGUUUAAAUCCUACAACACUCUAACAUUUAUUCAGACUGAUAAGCCAAUCUACAAUCCUGGCCAAACAGUGAAUUUCCGACUUGUCACCAUGGAUUCAAAUUUUGUCCCCUUUCAACAAAAGUAUAGCACUGUGACACUAGAGGAUAAUAAUAAUAACAGGAUCGGUCAGUGGACAAAUGUGUCCUCCUCAGGCCUGAUACUGCAGCUUUCUCAUAAGCUGAAUUCGGAGGCUCCUCAGGGCUUGUAUAAGUUGAAGGCCAACAUUGGUAACAGGCUGGCCGAAUAUCAUUUUAAAGUGAAAAAGUAUGUUUUACCCAAAUUUGAGGUUACAGUAAAAGCACCAAAAGAACAAAGUGUUGGUGAAGAGGAACUGAAGCUAGAGAUUUGUGGAAAGUACACAUAUGGACAACCAGUCUCUGGCAAAACACUGCUGCAGGUGUGCCGGUCAUUCAGGAGGUAUACUUAUUAUAAGGAUGUCCCUAUGGUUUCACCAUGUCUGACUCAAACAGUAGAGCUCAGUAGGACUGGUUGUGCCUUUCCCUCCUUCAAUAUAUCAACGUUCAUGAAUCCUGAAAUGGAAAGUAAUUUACAAGAUUCUCUUGGUGUUACUGCCACAGUGACAGAGGAAGGCACAGCAAUUUCCAUGGUAAAGUCUGAACGUAUACAGCUCACUUUUCAAAUUGGUAAGGUUGAGUUUCUUGAUUUACCAAAAACCUUUGAACGAGGGACAGCUGUAGAGGGAAAGAUCAAACUUACAAAUUUCACUGGAAAAGUCAUUCCCAACAAGAUGGUAUAUCUUCUUACUGGCGAAAGGAGGUCUCCAAAACUGCUUCUUAAUCUCACUACAGACAUGAACGGAAUGGCAAACUUCUCAAUUAAUGCCCCUGAUGACACUGAAACACAGAUGACUCUGUUUGCAAAUGUCAUUCCAAAAAUCCAAUCCAACACGUACAAAACACCCCAUUUUACAACCAGUGAAGCCCAUAUACAACUGUUCCAACCUGUCACACCUUACAGUCCAGUAUACAGUGAACUGUUACUAGAAAGUUUAAACGAACCACUAAUAUGUGGUAGAGAAGUUUCCAUUACUAUUAAGUAUUAUAUUGUUGGGGAAACCAAUGAGAUUUUCAGCACUGAUAUUAUAUACAUGGUCUUAUCUAAAGGAGCAAUAGUUCAUCAUGGCUAUGAGAAAAUUGAAGUGAAAGACUCCAGUCAGAUGAGAGAGGGAAAACUCUCAUUUAAACUGCCUAUUGGUGCUGAAGUAGCCCCUGUGGUGCAGGUUCUGGCAUACUGUGUACUGCCCAGUGAGAACAUCAUUGCUGCCAGCAAAAAUUUUGAUGUGGAAAAAUGUUUCAAAAACAAGGUGUCUCUGCAGUUCUCUCCCUCCCGGGCAGUUCCUGGGGAGGAGAACACUCUCCAGCUCUCAGCUCUGCCUGGUUCACUGUGUGGCCUCAGCGCAGUAGAUCAGAGUGUGUUCAUCAUGGAGCCCGGAGAUCGCCUGAACACUGACAAGGUCUUUCGUUUGUUACCAGUGACAGCAGUAAAAGAUUACAUGUAUGGUGUCGAAGAUGAGAUGGAGUGCUUGCAUGUGCGCCCUCGACGACAGACUCGAGGCGAUCAUGUUUACAAUACUUUUAAGAGUGUGGGGAUAAAGAUGGCAAGUAAUUUGGCAAUUAGACAUCCAUCAUGUUUGAUGUACAAAGGCAUACAAUAUCAUCGCGGCUUUCAUUACGUAAGAUACCGCCAAAGAAGUAAUGGGAUUCAAACAAUGCUACGGAUUCGAGAACACCGUGUCAACUUAGCAGGUGCAGCAACAGGUGUUUCAGCGCCUGUUGAAACAGUUCGCAAAUUCUUCCCAGAAACCUGGAUAUGGCAACUUGUUGAAGUUGGGGACUCUGGAUCAGCACAGGUUCCGGUCACUGUCCCUGACACCAUCACCACAUGGGAGACGGAGGCUUUCUGCCUGUCCCCCCAAGGUCUGGGACUUGCUCCUCCUGCUGAGCUCACUGUCUUCCAGCCCUUCUUCCUGGAGCUCUCACUGCCCUACUCCAUCAUCAGGGGAGAGAUCUUUGAGCUCAAGGCCACUGUGUUCAACUACCUCCCCAAAUGCAUUAUGGUUAAAGUAACUCCAGCCCCCUCCACACACUACACUCUGAAAGCCUCCUCUGAUGGCCAGUAUUCAUCCUGUUUGUGUGCAAGUGGUAGGAAGACCUUCAAGUGGACUCUGACUCCAUCUGUGCUUGGAGUCAUGAAUGUGACAGUCAGUGCAGAGGCUGAACAGUCCCAGACUGUGUGUGACAAUGAGAUUGUGAGCGUGCCAGAGAGAGGCCGUAUUGAUACAGUUACACGAAGCCUGAUUGUACAGGCUGAAGGAACUGAAAAAACCAAAUGCCAGAGCUGGUUGCUUUGUCCACAAGGGAGCAGUGUUUCAGAGGAGCUGGAGCUCACUCUUCCUGAAGAUGUAGUAGAGGGAUCAGCAAGAGCUUCUGUUUCAGUGCUUGGAGACAUACUGGGACUUGCCCUAAAAAACAUUGAUGGACUACUUAGGAUGCCGUAUGGCUGUGGAGAACAAAACAUUGCUCUCCUCUCCCCCAAUAUCUACAUUCUUCAGUAUCUAGAGAACACUGGCCAGCUCACGGCAGCUAUCCGUGAGAGGGCGACUGAGUUCCUUAAGAGCGGAUACCAGAGGCAACUGAACUACAAGCAUUACAGUGGUGCAUAUAGCACAUUUGGUACAGGACAUGGAAAUACAUGGUUAACUGCUUUUGUCUUGAGGACUUUUGGCCAAGCACAGCGUUACAUCUUUAUUGAUCCCCAAAAUAUUAACAGUGCAAAGCAAUGGCUAAUAGGUAAACAGAGACCAGAUGGCUGUUUUUUGAAAAAGGGGAGACUGUUCAACAACAGAAUGAAGGGUGGCGUAAAUGAUCAUAUAACUAUGACAGCAUACAUCACAGCAUCAAUGCUUGAAUUGGGAAAUACAGUAAAGGAUCCUGCAGUGAGUGGAGGGUUGAGAUGCUUAAAGUCCACUAUUGGUAACCUGACAAACACCUACACAACCGCCCUGUUGGCUUACGCUUUCAGUCUGGCUGGAGAGAAUGACACACGAAAUCAGCUGCUAAAAGAGCUGGAGAGUGUUUCCAUUUCAGGAGAUGGUCGCCUUCAUUGGUCUCAGUCAGCAUCAGGUGAUUCGGACUCCUUAGCAGUGGAGAUCAGCUCCUACGUGCUGCUCGCUGUUCUCACUACAGAUCAGCUCUCUACUGCUGACUUGGGCUACGCUAACAGGAUCGUCAGCUGGCUGGUGAGACAGCAGAAUCCCUAUGGAGGCUUUUCGUCCACCCAGGACACAGUGGUAGCCCUCCAGGCUCUGGCUCUGUACUCCACCAAAGUGUUCAGCUCAGAUGGCUCCAGCACAGUAACUGUGCAGUCAGCAGGUGGAGACAGUCACCAGUUUGAUGUCCACCAAAACAACAAAUUACUGUACCAGGAGAAACCUCUGCAGGAUGUUUCUGGCAAAUACAGCAUUGAAGUAAAAGGAUCCACCUGUGUGUCAGUGCAGAUGGCCCUUUUCUACAACAUCCCCACACCUGCUGAAACCAGCACACUUGGCGUCAAGGCUAAGACUGAGGGAAAUUGCACAAAAUCAUUUGGACGCAUGCUCUCUGUUAACUUUACUGUCACAUACAAUGGGGCGUUGUCAAGCACCAACAUGGUCAUAGUAGAUAUAAAGCUCUUAUCUGGGUUCACAGCAGCUCCUGGUGAACUAAAAUAUAGACCACUUGUGGAACGGGUUGAUGCCAAAGAUGACCAUGUUAUCAUGUAUAUAAAGGAGGUUCCAAGAAAUGUUUCUAUGAAUUAUGAACUACAUAUAGAACAAGUGCUUCAAGUUAAAAAUCUCAAGCCAGCUGUGAUCAAAGUUUAUGAUUACUACCAAACAAGUGACCAGUCUGAGACGGAGUAUUCCUACCCGUGUGCAUGA